GAGUUAUCCUCGGCUGCUGCUGCUGCUGAUGUCCUUGGCGAGUCGUCGUCACAGCCCCGGCCCCUGGGGCCUGGCCACCAGGAGGACUGAAGAAAAGCUGUUGUUGCCGUUGAUGUGCUGCUGCUGCUGUUUCGGCAUGUUCGAUCCCUGCCUUCCCAGGAUUCUAGGACGCCCGUAUCUCAAGCCAGGCCUUUGUUAAUCCCCUGAUUGCACCGACAAGCCCCCAUACCAUAUGCCCAAUAUCAGACAAGCAAAUAUCUAGCAUGGAAAGGAACAUCGCAACGUCACGGGCUCACGGCCAUCCACGUACCGCCCGGGGUCAGACAGGCAGCAUCAACCUUUGUGGAUAACUUCGAGAACGAUCUACUGGCCCUCGUUGCGCUCCCAGUCCCAGACCAGAUAUUCGAUGGUUCCUUUCAGGAAAGACUAGCUAUAUACGGGUGGCCAACUUGUGAAGAAAGAGUCUACUAGGCGUACCUUUUCGGUAGGCUUUUGGAUUCGGUCAUGGGCCCUAGGCCUUGUAGAUGAUGAUGGACCACAUUAGGCCCAACGAACCUUCACCAUGGUGGGUGAAACCAAGGUGAACCACAUCCAGGAAGCGAAAAGGAAUCACGAACGGGUGAGCCUGCCUGCCUGCCUGCCUACGGCUGGCCGGACGACAUCCACGACACCCACGCAAACCCUCGCGGCUAGCAAGCAAAAUCGGCUUCAGAUGAGGCUCUGCUCGCCGAAUCUCCGGCAAGCCGCUGCCGGCGCCGGCGGCGCCAACGCCCCCCUUGCAGGAGCUCUCCGCAAGAGUUCUUCAAGCUCCCUUAUCCAUGGCCGUCUCAGCUUCGGCCACGCGUCGCUGCAGACACCGAACCACCGCGCCAGGAGAGCAGGGUGGGCGGUGCGGGUGCUUCCCCUGACGGAGGAGAACGUGGAGAGGGUGCUGGACGAGGUGCGGCCGAGCCUGAUGCGGGACGGAGGCAACGUGGCCCUGCACGAGAUCGACGGCCUCGUCGUCGUGCUCAUGCUCCAGGGCGCCUGCGGCUCCUGCCCCAGCUCCACCAUGACGCUCAAGAUGGGCAUCGAGUCCCGCCUCCGCGACAAGAUCCCCGAGAUUCUUGAGGUCGAGCAAAUCCAUGACACCGAGACCGGGCUCGAGCUCAACACCGAGAACGUCGAGAAGGUGCUAGAUGAGAUCAGGCCGUACCUUUCCGGCACCGGAGGUGGAAGCUUAGACCUUGUUCAGAUCGAUGGUUUCGUCGUCAAGAUUCAAAUCAGUGGGCCUGCAGCAGGUGUAAUGACAGUACGUGUAGCUGUAACACAAAAACUGAGAGAGAAAAUACCAUCGAUACUGGCUGUUGAGUUGACAGAGUAGAAACAGAAAUUCAGUUGUGCAUCAACCAAAGGAAGACAAAAUUCAGCUUUGUGAUUA